AAACAGUAAACUUGUGUAAAUAUCAUUAAUCAGUUUGAUUUGAUUCAACAAAGGAAGCAUACGAUAAAAAUGUUUUACUUCUCCAUGUUCACGGAUUAACAAUCAGUCAAUUGAAAAUCAACCAGGUUAACUCCGUAAUGGUUAGAUUGACUGACUCAUCUUCAUCGUUAAUUACUUUGAUUAUCCUUUUCUCGUCACAAUACGUCCGAACAGAUGACAUCGAUUUGAUCAAAGAAAGAUGUGAAGAAGCGUCGAUACCAGAAAGUAAUGCCGUAUGUUAUCCGGACAGAGGCCGUAUCUAUGUUUAUGAUACUGAAAAAAAGUCUUUCGAUGAGGCAAGGCGUUGGUGUAGACAAAAGUUUAGUGCCAUUCGAGAGGCCGAUCUCAUUUCAAUAGAGUCCUGUGAUGCAUGGAACAAGAUUCCCGAUCUUAUGCAAAAGUUUGUACCAAUUAAACAAGCUAAAGGGUCAACUGAUUGGAUAUGGACUCAACUAAUUUCUGGUCCAAGAAUUAAAGACACCAAGAUUCCUGAAACUGUCAUGGAACAUUUGAAUGGUCAUUUGAAUACCAAGGAAACCUCUAAUAUACCUAAAGAUUGCUGGAAAAAUGUCGACUCUACUCAGCAAUCAAAAGGCACCAAUGUUGUGGUUAUCCUGGUUAAUGGAUUAACAAUAACACCAAAAUUAGUUCCUCGUUCCUUGGAUAACAGUGGCCAUGCUUUGUGUGAAUUUAGAUUCACUCCGGGAAUAAUUUCCACACCACCAGAGAUCACUGAAACACCACCAACAACAGAAGAUAGAUCGGUUGAACCUUUGACUGAAGAUCCUAUCAAGACAAACGUUUCUGAUGCCGAUCAAACCAAGAAAAAAGUUGAUAACAUUUUAGUGACACUGACUGCUGACUUGAAAUCAGAUGAACAGCCAGCUCAAAAAGUAACUGAAGUUUUAUUGGAAAACUUGCAAAAUGAUAGUUUCGUCCUAUCGACCUCCGACCAUUUGGACAAAACUGUAGAAUUGGCUCGAGAGUUGGUUGAUAAAAUUGGAGUUGAUCUGGCCACUAUUGGAAAUAAAACCGUUGCCGUUUAUGAACGAAUUACAUUUACUAAACAAGUUUGCUCCAUUUUUUCAACUCUAAUGGAAGACAGAAAUGAACAAUGUUGGAAUGAAACUGGCACAAAAGACACCAAAGUCCAGGCAAAUUCAAUCAUUACAACAACGGAAAAGGCUGGCUUGGAUUUGGCCUGUGAAUUGGACAGAAGUGCCGUUAUUCCGGUUGAUGCCGAUUCAAUUCAAAUGGAAGUCUAUGCUUUUGAUAAUGAAACUGAAAUGAUUGAUCAAUUGGCUUUUCCAAGUAAACAGUUAUCUGGCAAAGAACUGGCUGAAAUUAAAUUUCCAAAAGGAAUCGACUUUGGCAUUGCCAUGGCUGCAUCGCCGUGUGGUCGUCCAACUGGACUUGGCACUAUCAUUAAAGAGAUAACAACUUACAUGAGUCCGCCAGAAGAAAUGAAAGAUAUCGUUUCUCAACUUGUUUCAUUCAGUUUUGGUGAAACUGUGGAGGAUGUAAACGUUCAAGUAUCAUUGGCACAUUCAUCUAUUAAACGUCGUGGUGAUGUUGUUCAAUGCGUCUUUUGGGACUCUGUAAAUAAAGCGUGGAACUCAUCUGGAUGUGUUUAUGAUGAAGUUGCUUCGACUCGCCGUAAAACUGUUUGUCAUUGUACACAUUUAACCAAUUUUGCCAUCUUAAUGGACAUGACAGGACGCGAAGAAGAUGACCAGGCCAAAUCCAUUUUAUCCCUUAUCUGUUUGACAGCAUCAGUUAUUUCGUUAAUUUUAACCAUCUUUUUCCUCAUAACUUUGCCUCCUGUCAAAAGCACUCCAAUCACAAAUAAGCGAGUCGCCAUAACCACAAAUCUCUGCAUCUGCUUGCUGGUCAGCAAUUUCAUUCUAAUGUUUGGUGUUGAACACACUGAAAGUAUACUAUGGUGUCGAGUCAUCUCUGCAACCCUAUUUUACAGUUUAGCGGCCACAUUCACUUGGAUGUUACUCGAAGGGUAUCUUUUAUAUCAAAUGAUUGUUGUGGUUCCUUUAAAUUUUGAAUUCAGAAGUCGCUGGCUGUAUUUGCUUGGCUAUGGACUAGCCCUCAUCUGGUUGGGUGUUACUAUUGCAGUAUUGGGUCCACAGGGAUUGUAUGAUGACACAAGUUAUUACUGUUGGAUUUCUAACCCAAUAAAUCCCUCUCGGAUUUGGUUUUUUGCUGGCCCUGUUGCUCUAAUUAUUUUGUUAAAUACAUUUAUCUAUGGUAAAUCAAUCCAGAUCGCUUUAUUGAGUAAUUUAAAGAAGAAAAAUUGGGCUGCUCGAGGGACGAGACCCGAUCAAAAGUCUCAAGACAAUCAUCUGGUUAGACGCUGGUUAAAAGGUUCCUGUUCACUCAUGAUAUUACUAGGAAUCACUUGGUCAAUUGGUUUCCUUUAUUUCCAUGAAUAUUCAAAUUGGCUUUCAUAUGCAUUCAUCGUUGUCAAUGGAUCUCAAGGUGUUUUCAUUUUCCUUUUCGAGAUAGUAACUAACAGCAAAGCUCGUCCUGCAAUAAUCAGAAUGGUUUCUGGCAAAUUCCCAUCAACACAAGUAUCAUCAGUAUCAAAGACUUCAUCCAGUAAUCCACUCUCAACAUUAUCGACAAGAAGCUCAAAGUUGACUGGUCAGCAAAGUCUUCAUGGCAAAGAUUCGUCUAAAGGAAGCGCAAUUUCAACGAUCUCCAAUGCUAUCACGGAACGGAAGAAAACUAAUAAUGGCAAUCAAUCGCCUGUGACAAUGGAAUUAAAAUGAAGUUAAUAUCAUGUAAAAGUUAUUUUGUCCAUUGUAAAUUAGCAAAUGAGUUUAACUCACAAUUGGAAUUGUAUUAUGAAUAAUUUAAUCACACUUGUCGCACCAAUUUGUUUACCCAAUUGUAAAAUCAACACUUUUCCGAUCAUUUCAAUUAAGUAAGAUUUUAAUUCCCUAAAUCAUUUGAAUGACAAUGAGAAACUUAUACGAUUCAAUGUACAAUACAAUCUCAAUCAAUAUUCACUACUUAAUCAUUUUAAA